GCAAAGUGCAGUUUUGAGGCUCUUGCAACACGGCAUUUGUGGAGCAGAGCCGGCCAUACGCUUCUGGAACAGCGGUGCACGCAGCCGCAGGCAAAAACCGGCAGAGAUAGAGGCAAUCAAGCACCGCUGCAGGCUGCACACGCAUGCGCCGCCGUCGCGCAGCGCUCGCAGCGCUUGCCGUAACUCAUGCGCUGCAGUCAACGCCGCACCGCCUGCCACCGCUGGCGGCCAGUUCUCUCGCCUUGGAUGAAGCGACAACACUGCCGUUCGGACCGGCGCGAGACGCUGCCGCCAUGGCGAUAGCCUUGGACGAAGCCCGCGCCGCCGCGUCAAGGGGCGAGGUGCCAGUGGGAGCUGUAGUUGUAGACGACACAACCGGCACCAUCAUCGCCCGCGCGGGCAACGCCGUCGAGGCGAGCCACGACGCCACGGCCCACGCCGAGCUAAGGGCUAUGAGAGCUGCGGCCCAAUUUGUAGAAAAUUGGCGCCUCCAGGACGCCACGCUCUACUGCACGCUCGAGCCCUGCGUCGUGUGCCUGGGCGCGGCCUACGCGUUCCGCAUUCCUUCUGUUGUGUACGGCGCGCCGGACCAUAGGAUGGGCGCGGCCGGGUCCUGGCUCGACCUGCCGUCCGAAACGCACCCGUUCCAUUCAUUGAAUAUUCGCGGCGGCGUGCGCGCGGACGAGUCCGCCCAAUUGUUGAAGGACUUCUUCCGGGACCGGCGGAAAGCGGGCCCCCGUAUGUAAUUACAG